UUUCGGGCUUCUUUUCUAUGUCUGUUCUUGCUCCUGUUGAAUGGUGUCUGUUCCCCCGUGUUCCAAUCUUUUCUCCACUCUGCCAUACACUAUCCUCACAAAGUACAUUAUAAAGUCGUUUACUGAGACAAUCACUUCUAUGAAAAGUGUCUCGGCAAAAGAAGGAAAUGCUCCUAUCUGCCUAGUAAACGAGGCGGUCCAAGGAAGAAGAAAAGGGCAUCCUCCAUCUCCCCGGAAGGAAUUGUUCCACAAGAUGAUGCUCACAGUUCGACCAUUCACCCGGCAGCAUCCGGCUUCGAUGAGUCGACGGGCAUGUUUGGUCAGAUCGAUGGGCUGUCGGUACCAGGGGCCGGGCUGAGAAGCUUGGAUUUCCCGUCGGAUGUUCAGUCAAUGUUCGCUGACCUCUUUAUCCCCCACGAUGCUGGUCAUCCACCUGCACAAAUGGAGCCAACCCCCUCGCCGUCUAACAUAUCAACCCAGUCCUUGGUAAGGACGUACGGCUCUGAACACGACAUACUCAACGCCUAUUACGACUUUAUUCAUCAUUAUUUCCCUAUCCUUCCGCCCAGGGCAGCCCCCGCCUCUCCAGACAGGCCAUUGGAUGCGGUUGGUUCCUAUUCCGAAUCUCCGACAGAAGAACCUCUUCUAUUGUACAGACCACGGUCCCCUCUUAGCCUUGCUUUGUCUGCAGUCUUGGCCCUCAUACCCCAUCCGAGUGACUUGGAGCCCUCGUCUCCUGCCUCUGUUAUCCGCCGUAGGACAUAUGCACAUACGUUCUCCCAAUUGGCCAAUUCUAGCAUCGAAGCAGAUUGUGAGCUCCAUGCCUCUUCUACCGAUCCCUCACAGGCGCUCUCAAGUGAACGCCCUCUCAUCAACAGGGAGAGCUUCCAUCCCCAUGCACCCGUGGAACUUGAAUCUAUUCUUGCGCUGUUGGUUCUCUCCGUAUACGAAUACACUCAGCGAGGAAAUCUGCUUAAAAUGCGAUACCGUGCGGGUCAAGCAUUGGCGAUCGCGCUGGACAUGUCUCUGCAUUCUUUGGGAGAAGAGUAUGAUGAGUUCGCGGAAGCUCGUAGAAGAGCUUGGUGGAUGACCUACUACUGCGUUCUCCAAGGGUCGAUUGUCAGCACAACACCGCUGGCCAUUGUUGCGAAUGAUCCUCAAUUUGUAACACCUUAUCCGCGCUUUGCCGCUGAUCCCGAUGGUUGGGCUGUUCUGAUGCAAGCUCAGCAAGUGCUAGUUUCAGCAACUCAGUUCGUAAUUGACCUGAACAAAUGUAUUUCAACAAGGACCAAUAUGCCCUACAUUUACGAACGGAUGCAGCAGCUCGACGCAUGGGCAAGCUCAGCAUUGGCACAGUCUAACUUGCUUCCUAUUGUUCCUCCGUCCAUGAACUGUAGUGAUGGUAUGGAAUUCACAACAGCUCAAAGUAUACGUUCAAUCUCACGGAUCAAGUUAUCCAGCGCACAAAUAAAAACCCACCGCUUUAGAGCAUUUUCAGACAUCCCUAUCUUCAUCAAGAAACAUUGUGACCUAACCGCAGCCAACUCCAACAGCCUAGCAGCAUGCAAUUCUGCCAAGGAUUCCAGAGCGCAGAAUGGAAUCACUGACAUUCGAUGCUCAUGCGGAGGUUUGGAACCAUUUCAACAGCCGUCGAGCGAAUACACCCCUUCCACCGCUUCAUCUACAUCCUCGGAUUAUCAGUCGAUCUCCCAAUACUCGUUUACCAGUGGAUUCCCAUUCAGCAUCCAACACUCUGCCAAAGUUUGCCUUAGGGCUGCUCUGCUGAUCUCACGCAUGUUCCCAAGUCUACCCAUACCGCAACCAAUUAUGAACGAGCCAAAGAGCCCGCAGGGGAUGACGUUACAACCACCGAACCAGCUUCCUCGAACUAUGCCAUCAUUUGCCUGCUGUUUGAUGCAAGGCAGCUACGCUAUGCUAAUGAUAUUCUACAAAGCGCGCGUAGAAAAGCAGCUGUCACCAGACUAUGGGAAUAAGACUACUCCCUCGGAUCGAUUGAUCGAAGAACUCCGACAAGGACUAGAGCGAAUCAUUGCUACCGUGACCAAUUAUGCGGCUGCUUUUGAGGCGUUAGACGGCAUGAGAGAUGAAAUCGAAGGUGCAUAUCAAACGGCGUUCCCUCAACCGUAAUUUUCUCUCUGGUUUCUUUAUCCUAUUGUCUUUUAUUUCCUUUUAACUGUCGAGUUCGCUCUCAUACCCAUUUUACCGUUCUUUUGCUUCAUCGCGGUGGGGCGCGAUACAUCUUUUCCAUGGGGUUAGAUAUCUGGUACAUCGGAAUUGGGAUGGAUGGAUAAAGUAUAACUCAAACAAAAAGUGAACCCCUUAUAAUAUUCAUAUACGGCGUUAUAUAUCUUUGGGCAACGGAACACGGGGGUUUGCCUGUACCAUUUUUAAAUGACGAUAACUACGAACAAUCAUCUCCUUUCAAAUAUUCUACCAAUGGCGGCUAUAAUAGUAUCCAUGUCUGUAGAGCGCACCAGGUUCAUAGGAAGGGUAAG